AUGCAUCUAAAUAGCCAGCAGAAUAGAUACUUCUUUGGGAGUACACUGCUUCUGGUAUUGGUGAAUCAUAGCUUUGCAUAUUAUCCAAAUAUCUCUGAAUUGGAAUAUAACAAAAAUUACACUUUCUAUAUAAACAACAGUAUAGAGUACAUUUUGGGAUUUACAGACAAUAUAAUUAAUAGGCCCACUAAUGUGCCACCAAGAAUAUGGAUCAAGAGUAAUGCAACCACAUCUGCUCCCUUGAUGAUAAAUGCACGUCAAACAAAGGAAAUGUUGUCUUGGCAAUUGCCUUUAGAAGUGGAAAAAGCUUCAGGGGAAACAUUAUAUAACUAUACAUCUAGAACAUUAUGUCAUGAUAUACUGAAGCAUUAUAAACUAUCAGGUAGGAUGGAAAUAAAACAUGAUAGCCCUAUAGUAUCUGUAGCAACUGCCUCAAACGAAAUGAUUGAAUUUACAAUAAAUGUUCAUUCCCAAAAAAAUUUCUACAUUGAGCACUCCAAGGAAUAUAAUUUCACCGUUUCUCCUAGUGAGCCGAGAUACUUUUUUUAUAACUUUUCGACUAAUGUUUCCCAACUCGUGACUACAGAUUCAAACUAUGAAACUGUUAUUCUAGAAGUGACUUCUGAUGAUGAUAUUUGUAUGACAAUAAGCAUACAGAAUAUUAGUUGUCCUGUAUUCGAUACCAAUCAAGAUGUUACAUUUCGAGGAUAUUAUGAAACUGUGAAUAAAAAAGGGGGAAUAACGAUUUCUAAACACAAUUUCCCACAUGGAUUUUACGUGGUUUUUGUUGCCAAACCUGAUGACUACCAAUGUAAUCGAGUAGAAGGAGUUCCAGCUUCAUCUUCGAAUCCAAACCGAAUUAAACACUUAACUCUUGUUAUAAAACCUAGUAUUACUUACACAGAUUACGUCACAGCUGUAAUUCUAACGCUAUGUUGCAUAGGUGGAUUUUAUGUUGUUUUUGGCUUAUCAUAUUUCAUUUGUGCUGUUCGUGGCACAGUUCCGAGGCAAAUGGCGUAUGUAGCAGAUAAUAUCAACUACACACCGAAUUCGAGGGUUGUUAAAAUGGAGGCUAGACGAAAAGACAAAACAGGCACAGGUAACGCCGCCCUGGCGGACACCAUCUCCGUGGACGAAGCGGACUACGACAUCGUGCACGAAGUGGACACCGACAGGGACCUUCGGCUCGGCCGCGGCCAGCCGUGCCUCAUGGACUUGGCCAGGAAGCACCCUAGCGUGCUCAAGAAGAAGUCGUACCUGUAUCUGUACAACGUGAUGACGGUGGCGCUGUUCUACGGACUGCCUGUCGUCCAGCUGGUCAUCACUUAUCAGAGGGUUCUGAAUGAAACAGGAGAACAAGACUUGUGUUACUACAACUUCCUAUGUGCUCAUCCAUUGGGCUUCCUAAGUGACUUCAAUCAUUUGUUUUCCAAUAUUGGUUAUAUUUUGUUAGGUGUGCUGUUCCUUAUUAUCACCUAUAUUAGGGGGCUAACCCAUAGGGACGUCGAUUUUGAUAGACAAUUUGGUAUACCUCAGCAUUAUGGAUUGUUUUAUGCCAUGGGAGUAUCCCUUAUUAUGGAGGGAGUUUUGAGUGGAAGCUACCAUAUCUGUCCUAAUCAACUAAACUUCCAAUUUGAUUCCAGUUUCAUGUAUGUGAUGGCAGUGUUAUGUAUGGUUAAAUUAUACCAAAACAGACAUCCCGAUAUAAAUGCAAAUGCAUAUACAACAUUUGGUGUCCUUGCUGUGGCCGUUCUGUUAGGUAUGAUUGGUAUUUUAGAAGGGACCACUUAUUUCUGGAUAUUCUUCGUUAUUUUAUACAUAAUGAUGUGUUUCUACCUUAGUAUUAAGAUAUACUAUAUGGGUUGUUGGAGAAUGAGAGAUGUUUCUCUUCAAAGAUUCAAACAAGUAUGGAUACAUGAUUUCCGGGCUGGUCCACUAAAUGUUUUGAGACCUUGCCAUAAAGCACGAUUUAUCCUUUUGUCCUUGGGUAACAUAUGCAACUGGACACUUGCAGCCUUUGCAUUAUAUUAUCAUCCAAAGAAUUUUGCUGUUUUCCUAUUAGCAAUAUUCAUGGCCAACACGCUGCUUUAUUUCUUCUUCUAUAUUAUUAUGAAACAUUUUAAUGGAGAGCGAGUUAGAAUAGCGACAUGGAUCUACUUGUUCUUCUCGACUAUAUGUGCUAUUUCAGCCAUGUACUUCUUUUUACACAAAGCCAUUUCUUGGUCGAAAACUGCUGCUCAGUCAAGGCAGUAUAACAUGGAGUGUAAGCUGUUGCGGUUUUACGAUUUUCAUGACAUUUGGCACUUCUUGAGUGCCAUCGGUAUGUUUUUCACUUUUAUGGUGUUACUGACAAUGGACGAUGAUGUUUCGCACACCCACCACUCACAGAUUUCGGUAUUUUGA